AUUGCCGUGAGAGAUGGAAUAGCGCCGUUACUCUGCGGUGCCUGCUCAGUUGGUGGGUGGACAGAGGAGAGGCGAGGAGCACCUCAGUUCAGUGCAAAGAGCUCGUGUCAUUGUCAGCAUUGAAACACAAUUUUGGACUGUUCAGCUGCAAUCCUGAAGAUAUUUUUUUUCCUUCCGCCCGUUGUUACUGCGAGGUUGCCUAACUCUGUGUGCCACAGGGGGGGAUGCCAGCCCGUAGCAUGGACUGUGAUGUCUCCACUCUGGUUGCCUGUGGGGUGGAUGUGGAGAUUUUUGCCAACCAAGAGGUUAAGGAAAAAUUCGAAGGCUUGUUCCGUGCCUAUGAUGACUGCGUGACAUUCCAGCUCUUUAAAAGCUUCAGGCGUGUGCGGAUAAAUUUUAGUAGUCCUAAAUCAGCUGCUCGGGCCAGAAUAGAACUGCAUGAAACACAGUUCAGAGAGAAGAAGCUAAAGUUGUAUUUUGCACAGAUUCAGACCUCUGAGACAGAUGGAGACAAGCUUCAUUUGGCACCACCACAGCCUGCAAAACAGUUUCUCAUCUCGCCUCCAGCCUCCCCACCCGUAGGGUGGCAACCAAUAGAUGAUGCAACACCUGUCAUCAACUACGACCUCCUUUAUGCAGUUUCGAAGCUAGGACCAGGAGAGAAAUACGAGCUGCACGCAGGAACAGAGUCCACUCCCAGCGUGGUAGUGCACGUCUGCGACAGCGACAUGGAAGACGAUGAGGACCCAAAGAAUUCUCCAAAGCCCAAAAUCAUUCAAACUCGGCGUCCAGGUCUGCCACCUCCUGUAUCUAACUGAGCCUCUCUCCGGCAGAAGCAGCGCUUCUCUCCUCCGGCACAGCUCUUGGGUUUUGUUUGCUUUGUUUUGUUGAAGGCAGCCAUUGCCUUUUGAGCACCAGGACAUUUAAACUCAUUGCAAUCCCUUCACAGUAAUCAAUCUAUGUAAUAAAAGGGCUAGGAAAAAGAUCUUUGCAUAUGUAACCAUAUCACACACCAACUAAUAGAUUUUUCUGGAAAGGACAAAUCAAGGCUAAAGAAACAACGGAAGGUUUCAGUCUGAGGAUGUUUUGACAGCUAUAAUUUGCAUGCUGAAACACCCCUACCAGAGAGAUUGUUCAGGAUGGGUAAUUAGGCUGAUAUCAAGCUUGAUAUUCAAACUCCCCAAAUACUUGCUAGUGCCCUUCAUCAAGCAGCCUGCUCCUCUGCCCUCCUCAGUUCCCCAGCAGACCUCGGUCUCCUCCUCUUUUCUUUUUUUAAGGGGGGUUGCGUGUUGUUUUUAAUCUGCUGGCAGCUUGGUGGCCUUUCCAUCCCCUUGGAAUUUUCUGUAAGGAAAACUAUCUUUGCGGUAUUUUUAGGAAUAGUAGAAAACCACCCUGUUCCACCAAGAGCUGUAGAGUCUGCUGGGCCUUGGUGGUGGCAGGGAUGUGAGACCGAGCUCUCUGGGCUGUGGGGAGAAGGCAGCCGCUUGCUGGAGGGUCUGGGGUCUUUCUGUCUCUCUGAAGGAGAAGGGAGCCAGAAUAUCAACCGCGAUUGUCAUUUUAUCUCUCAUAAAGGUAAGAGUGGUACUUCUCUCUGAGUGUAAGGAAGAAAGAGGAGCUGACUGCUCAUUUAAGACAGGAUUUGUUGCUUUCUGUCAUAGCUGUAAGUUCUGUGAAGGACUGACUGAAUGCUUUCCUAGUGGUGUGUUGAAUAGCCCUGAAAAUGAUAGUCAUUACUGUACAUCCCAAAUAGUCAGACCUUUUCCCUCCUCAUAUCCUGUGUUUGAAGCCCUUCUUGAGCUGUAUGCAGUUGGGGUUUGUGGAGGCGAGGAGAGGUUAGUUGGUGUUCUUUUGUUGGUUUUCUUUUUUUGUUUUUUUUUUUUAGGCCAAAGAAAACAGGACCAUAACUACACACGUGAAAUUAGACUGCAUGCAAUUGAAUCCCCUUUUUUCACUCUGUCCUGCAUGUUUCUUUCACUUGCAAUGUAUACUGGGUUACAAAACUUGUUCUGUGUUGUCGUCAUGGCUGAGAGCAGACAGAUUUGGGAUUCCCCGUCUGGCAGACCUUCCAUGAUGACAGUUUUUCUAUGCGUACUUGUCAUUUUGAGAACAUGUUUUCUAGACAUCUGAGCUCAGAUUUUGCAUAUAUUUAAGCAUGCGCUUAAUUUAUGCACAUGAGUAGUUCCAUUGAAAUUAAUACCGCAGAAAACUGAGCGUGUGUAUAAGAUGCGGUGGGAUUUUGAAGCGAAUUGGCUGCAGCUGGACUCCCCAAAGUGACUAUAAAGUGGCACAGUGAGAUUCCACAACUCAUAAAAUCCUUUGUGAGUUAAAAUAAGUAAAUACAUCUUGGAAACUCAUUCUAGGAUCCGAGAAGUCAACUUAGGUUCUGUAAUCAAGACUUUUUGUCAUAAAACCUAACGAUGUGGUUCCUGAGAGAAGGUUCCAUCCUGCCCUUGGUUAGCAGUGAGGCUGUGAGCUCCAGCAAAGCCUGCUGGUGUCUUGGCUCUGCAGAGCUUCAAGGAGAAAAAGCGUUUUGAGUUGUCGGUGAAGACAGAGCUGCCAUUCUCGAUAUUCAUGGUGAGGAUGUUCUGAGAAUGAGGGCUUUACCAUUCUCGCGUAGUUCAUUCUCUGACCACCACAGCCCCAUAAUAUUUCUCUUGAGAUGUAGUGCUUUACUUAGCAUCUAUCUAUAAGGUGAUACUUGUUACUUCAUUAUGGAUGUCAUCGUGCGUGGGCGACACUAAUAGAAGCAUGUUAAAUAUGGCAGAGACUGAUCAAAAAAUGGGGCUUUAGUGUCCUCAUGAUAUCUCUGUGAAGUUGUCUUAAAGUAGCUCCUUAGAGGUUUCUUCAGUGAUGCAUUUAGAAUCGGUUUAAAUAAAUAGAGAACAAGUCACUCAUUGCCCUGGGUCUAUAAGGAUCCUAGAAUCCUAGAAUGGUUUGGGUUGGGCCAAAAGUACCUUAAAGCCUAUCCAAUUCCAACCCCCUGCCAUGGGCAGGGACACCUCCCACUGGCCCAGGCUGCUCCAAGCCCCAUCCAACCUGGCCUGGAACCCCUCCAGAGAUGGGGCAGCCACAGCUUCCCUGGGCAACCUGGGCCAGGGCCUCACCAAGCUGAUGUUCCCAUUGGAAACACCACCAGGGGCCACCUACAGUGUUUUGGGAGUAACAGCACUGUCUGAGAACAUGGAGAACGCUAAGGUCCAUGGGUUUUAGACCAAUAUAUAAAUAGGGAGAGUAAGAUCUUUUAUUGAUAUGUGCUGUAUGGAAGAAAUUACCAGCCACGUCCUUAGCUGAUAUAACCCACCAGAGAUGAUCUCCAGUCCAAGUGGAUCCUCUUGACUUUUUUACAUGCAGCAGUGUUGGAGGCCAAAUCUAGUCCUUGUAGCCGUGGACUCAAACUUCAGAGAGACUUGGUUCUGAACUAUGGACUUUGGCCUCAAAUGUUGUAAAACUAUACUGCAAAUUAAAGCAUUGGGUCUUAAAUGCUCUUUCCUCAAAGUACGUUUUCAGGCCCAUUUAAAAACAGGCCCCAUUCAAUACCCUUUGUCUUUAUAAAACUACGUAGUGCACCCAGGAGGGAGUGGGAUGUGGCACACCGGUUCAAGCACAGAAAUGGGAACAGCUACAAGCCUGAAAACACAAGAGAAGCCCCUUGUAACCAUGGCCAAAGCUUCUGUAUCACCUUUAUAGGACAAAACAGGGUCAACAGAAAAAAUGUUUCAGGUGUUAUGGAAUGAUGUCCCUCUCAUAAAAGCAUUUGUGACUCUUCAAAGAACCUGAUGUUUUGCUAAGGGCUGGUUCUUCCCUGGCACGGAAGAAAGGCGUCUCUCAUAAAACGCCCCUCUGGAAGCGCCACUGUCCUGUUUAACUCGGUGAUAAAUGACAGAGCCCUGCCUACUUCCAUGGAGUUUUCUUUUUUGAGCUCCAUCCCUCUGGCUUGCUCUUUUCCCAGGGUGUCCGCAGCGUUAAAGUAGAUUCUCUCUUGUAGUACUACUAUAAAUAGGAAUGAAAUCUUUGUGUUACAUGGCAGCUUCUGAUGCACAGUGACAGAGAAAACGUCCUUUAAUUUCCUUUGCAAAGCAGCAGGCUGCGAGCAGCAAUGCCCUGGAGCCCUCUGCUGAGUGGACCUUGCUCCUGCCGCUGCUUGGAAGUGAAGGGAGGAGAUCAGGGGAGUACAGUCACUGCUUCUGUUCCCGCUGCCUACUUGUCCUUUCUGACCCCUUCAGAUACAAAAUCCAAACGUUAACGACUUCCGAAGUGCAGCUAAAAGCAUGAAAACAUUGAUAGUGCACAGAGAAAGAGUAUUUUGGAAGAAAAGAACAAAAAUAAUUCUAUGGCCCUGAUCUUUGUAUUCAAGACAAGAUUGUACAAAGUCCUCCCUUCCCAGCUUAGACGUGUGUGCUCAAAUACACUGUUUUCAGCAAGAAAACAUGGCAAGAGCAUCUUUUCUUCAACUGUAACAAAGACUACAGGCAGUUACUGUGAAGUGCUUUAUAUUAUGGGGCUUGGAGCAGCCUGAUCCAGUGGGAGGUGUCCCUGCCCAUGGCAGGGUGUGGGACUGGAUGGGCUUCGAGGUCCCUUCCAACACAAACCAGUCCAUGAUUCUAUAAAAACAUGCCCCAUGGAUAAAUUGUUUAUCAUGUAUUUGACCCCAAAUUGAGUGGGAGGGAUUGGUGAGUUUUAUUUUGGUCUUUUUUUUCCCCCCCUCCCUCCCAUCCAGCAACAGUGGAAAAGCUUUUCUGCAAGACGGGAGGCUGUUCCUUGUGCUGAGUAAGAGACUGAAUGCCAGACUUGAUUCCAGUCUGAGCACUGUGACA